GCUUGGCACACGCGGGCUGCGCUCCUGCUGCGGCCGAGGACGCGAGAUGCUCUCCAGAACUGCUUGGAGCUUGGUGCUGAGGAAAGCAGGACUUGGAACUCGAGGGACACACAGCCCAGGAGGCACUGCCCGCAGUGAGGGGAAGAUGCCCCCCUACAGCAACUACUAUGCCCAGCGCUCCUACCCCAUGCCAGACGAGCCCUUCUGCACGGAGCUCACCGCUGAGCAGCGGGCCUUGAAGGAGAAGGAGAAGGGCAGCUGGACCCAGCUGAGCCAUGCCGAGAAGGUGGCCCUGUAUCGGCUCCAGUUCCAUCAGACCUUCGCGGAGAUGAAUCAUCGCUCCAAUGAGUGGAAGACAGUGAUGGGCUGUGUCUUCUUUUUCUUUGGAUUCGCAGCUCUGGUGAUUUGGUGGGAGCGGAUCUAUGUGUUCCCUGAGAAGCCCAUCACCCUGACGGAUGAGUGGAAGGCCAAGCAGCUGCAGCGCAUCCUGGACAUGAAGGGCAACCCCGUGCAAGGCCUGGCCUCCCGGUGGGACUAUGAGAAGAAGCAGUGGAAGAAGUGACUCCGCAUCCCUGGCUGCUCUCCCUGCAGCUCCACCCCAGCCCAGCCUCUGGCAGCCCCUCCUCCAACCCCAAUA